UUGUCAGUGUCAGCUCUGCGCACGCAGCCCUCCUGUAGCGGGUGCUGGUCUGGAGCCCCCAGGUUUCUGCAGACGACUCAACGCCGUGGUCCAGCUGGAUCCGCACCGUGGGUUGAAGGAGUCUGGCGCGGGCCAGCGACUAACCCGAGUCGGACUGUUGGACCGAGGAGCGACCUGACCACGGAAGGAAGGACCCCGGCGUCGCGACCCCCAGGACCACCUCUUACUGGUCUGUGGCAACCACCAGUCCCGGGUACCUUAGUCGCGGAGAGCUCCGGGGGAGCCUUCCCCGCCCCACGGCCCGCCUGGGCCAUGCUCCCCCGGGGCAGCGGCUAAGCCCGAACUGGGACUGGGACUGAGACCCGAGCCCGCGCGGAGCAUGGAUCCGGGCUGGGGCCAGCGGGAUUUGGGCUGGACGGCUCUGCUGAUCCUUUUCGCUGCCUCGCUGCUCACGGUAUUCGGCUGGCUGCUGCAGUAUACCCGGGGCUUGUGUCUGGUGCGGGCCCUCGGGGCCCGGAGCCCGGGACUCGCUUUAGCUGCGGAACCCGUGGGCUCCCUGCGGAAGCUGGGCGUGUGGCACUCGCUGCUAAGGCUGCGGGCCCUUCGGGCCGACGUCCCAGAGGAGCCAGGUGUCCGGGGCCUCCUGGCGUCACUUUUCGCCUUCAAGUCUUUCCGGGAGAAGUGGCAGCGGGCUUGGGUUCGAGCGCUCAACGAGCAGGCCUGCAGGGACGGGAGCUCCAUCCAAAUCGCCUUUGAGGAGGUGCCCCAACUCCCAUCCAGAGCCAACAUUAGUCAUGUGACCUGCGUAGACCAAUCAGAGCACACCAUGAUGCUUCAUUGCCAGCUCUCUGCUGAGGAGGUGAUGUUCCCAGUUUCUGUGACCCAACAGUCACCAGCUGCUGUCUCCAUGGAGACCUACCACAUCAUUUUGACACUGCUACCAACACAGUUGGAAGUCACUCUGGAGGAAAUCCCUAGUGAGGGGCUACUUGUAUCCUGGGCCUUCAGUGAUCGCCCAGAUCUCAGCCUGAAAGUGUUUCCCAAGCUCCAGGCCACAGAGAGAGGUGAAGAACAAGUAGAGCUCUCCACUAUUGAGGAACUGGUUGAGGAUGCCAUAGUCAGCACCCAGCCAGCCAUGAUAGUCAACCUCAGGGCUUGCUCUGUCCCUGGAGGUCUGUUACACAGUAAGAAACCACCCAUGGCAUACCAGGCCCAGCCAGCCACCCCCAGACCUACCCAGUUAUUUCUACGGCAGCUUCGAGCAUCACAUCUGGGAAGCAAGCUGGAAGGCACAGGGGAGUUGUGCUGUGUAGCUGAGCUCGACAACCCCAUGCAGCAGAAGUGGACCAAGCCCACAAGGGCUGGUCCCGAGGUGGAAUGGACUGAGGACCUGGCACUGGAUCUGGGCCCCCAGAGCCGGGAACUGGCCCUCAAAGUGCUGAGGAGUAGCAGUUGUGGAGGCACUGAACUUCUAGGCCAGGCCACACUGCCUAUGGGCUCCCCUUCCAGACCACUGUCCCGAAGACAGGUUUGCCCACUCACCCCUGGGCCAGGGAAAGCCCUGGGACCAGCAGCCACCAUGGCAGUGGAGCUUCAAUAUGAGGAGGGCUCACCCCAGAAACUGGGCACUCCUACCUGCUCCACUCCACGCCCUAGCAUCACACCUACCAAGAAGAUCGAGCUGGACCGGACCAUUAUGCCUGAUGGUACCAUUGUCACCACAGUCACCACUGUUCAGUCCCGGCCUCGUGUAGAUGGCAAACUAGACUCCCCCUCCCGCUCCCCGUCCAAGGUGGAGGUAACUGAGAAGACAACAACUGUGCUGAGUGAGAGCAGUGGCCCCAGCAGUACCUCCCACAGCAGCAGCCCAGUGGAGAGCCAUCUUUCCAACGGCUUGGACCCUGUAGCAGAGACAGCGAUUCGCCAGCUGACUGAACCCAGUGGGAGAGCAGCCAAGAAGACACCUACUAAGCGUAGCACUCUCAUUAUCUCUGGUGUUUCCAAGGUGCCCAUUGCUCAGGACGAGUUGGCACUGUCCCUGGGCUAUGCAGCAUCUCUGGAAGCCUCAAAGCGGGAUUAUGCAGGGAACAGCAGAGGUCCCUCUUCGCCUCUCUCAGAUGACCCACCAGCCAUGUUUCCAGGACCCCUAGAUGUUCUCUCCAGUCCCACAAGUGUCCAGGAAGCAGAUGAGACAACACGUUCAGACAUUUCUGAGAGGCCUUCUGUGGAUGAUGUUGAGUCAGAAACAGGAUCUACUGGUGCCCUAGAGACCCGAAGCCUCAAGGAUCACAAAGUGAGUUUCCUGCGCAGUGGCACCAAGCUCAUCUUCCGACGGAGACAUCGACAGAAGGAAGCUGGUCUGAGCCAAUCACAUGAUGACCUCUCCAACACAUCGACCACACCCAGUGUCCGAAAGAAGGCUGGCAGCUUUUCUCGCCGCCUUAUUAAGCGCUUUUCCUUCAAAUCCAAACCCAAGACCAAUGGCAACCCCAGCCCCCAGCUAUGAGGGCACUUCUCAUCUUCUCAGCUAGGAGAGGGCAGGAGUCCUCUGAACCUAUUUCCCACAUCCCAUUCCAUUCCCCUUCCUGCAUUCCCAACAUCCUAGGCCAAGGAAGCCCUCUGGGUUCCAGGAAGCCCUCUUUAUCCUGGGCUGUGGGGCCAGUUGGAAGGGUACUUGCAGUGGGAAGCCUGUGAGAGAUGAGCACCUUUUGCUGAGGACAUGAAGCAUGUGGCUAGGUGUCAGAGGAGGGCUCUGUCCUGGCAUGUGUGGGCAUUCCUCAGAACUGUUUGCCUGCUGUUGACACUGGUCCUUUAGAGAGUCCCAGGGUGAUUAAGUCCUCAGCUGAUCCUUCCUCCCUUAUUUAUUCUCUUUUCUAUUUAUAUGUGUGGUUCAGGGCCCUCUGUGAACAGAUGAUAGAGGGCAUCUCUCCCAGGUGACCCUUCUUUCCUGUCUCAAGAGGAUAGGCAAUUCCCUUUGGAAUGGGGCUUCCACACCUUCCUUAGGUUCCUACUCUGACCAGCACUAGUGUCUCCCUCUGAGGACGCUGACAGCUCAUACAAAGUUGGGCCAGUGCCUGAGAUGGGGGGGCAGGUACUCCCCACCUCUCUGCCUCCACUUCUGUUCCUCAUCUCUUCUUUCCCCUUUAUUAUCAUUUUUGUACUUGAUGCUUCCUCCAUGAGUAGUGGCUCUUUUGGAAGAAGGGAUUCAGGGGCCUGAUGGGAAUCCUUCCCUGGGCAGAUGGCUUUGGGGACUUUAUGUAAAGACCGUGAUGAUGGAGCAUGAGCAGUUUGCACCUUGGUGUGUUGGGAGAUAAUGAUGUCUGUUGCUGUCUGAUGGCUUGGAAUUUAAUUUAUUAAAGUCAAAUUGGAGUUUA